UCCGUGUCGUUAACACGUCACCCGCAGAGGAGCGCGCGUCCGAUCCGAAUCGGUCAGCAGGCGAGACCGGGUCACUGGCUACCGCCGCGGCUCUCCUUCGCUGUCUCCUCUCCCCGCGCUUCCCCCCCGGGUCCCGCCGCUCCUGCCGAUCGCUUUCGCCGAUCCGAGCCGAUCGCUCACGAAGACUUCCGAACAAGCGACGGCCGACGCCGCCGCGCAUCUGUGCGUUCAGUGAAUUCUGUGGAUCUGUGACUUCGCGGGCGAGCUCCCGCGACAGCGCCGCCGGAUCCCUCGCGACGCCCAACAUGUGCUCCGCCUCGGUCGCCCUCUUCGCCGUCCUCGCCGUCCUCUUCGCCUCGACCGACGCCACCACCGUCGAGGGCCGCAUCCGGGAGGACAGCGACUUGUCUCAGUUCUACCAACUGCUGGAGGCUAGUCAUGUCGCGAACACGUCCCUCAACUACAGACAGGUCACCAUCUUCGCGCCGACGAAUCUCGCCUUCCAGAAGUACAACCGAAGCACCGAUGACAUCGUCUUGUACCACAUGACGAAUCUCGCCUUGACGACGGACCAGCUGGGCGAUUCGGUGUCUUCGGAGCUGGAGGGCAAUCCACCCCUUUGGAUCACGAAAAAACGCGGACCCUACGGCGAGGAGGAGGUCUACAUCAACAACGCCAAGAUCCUGAACUCGAGGAGCAACUUCAAGUCCAGCAUCAGACUCCCUGGCAGCAAGGACACCAAAGACCAGGUCUUGCACACGAUAUCGGAAGUGUUGGAGCCGCUGGUUUCGACGUCUACCGACGCACCUCUCUACAAGCCUAACGCCUUUCAGUUCCUGAACCAGAGUGAGAACUUCAACAUGGAUAACCACCGAAUCAGAAAUUUCCGGCAACGCGUCUUCAACACGAAGAAGGAGAACGUCUUCAAGGGCGAGGGACGUUACACUUUCCUCAUCCCUGUCGACGAGGGUUUUAAGCCUACGCCGCGGCCGCGGAAGGUCGACGCUAAGGUGAUCGAUGGCCACGUUAUCCCGAAUCAUGUGCUCUUCACCGCACCGACCCCCAAUGAGACCCCAUUCGAGACCCUGGCCUUCUCGGACAAUCUCAAAGUCACCAUCAGCUUCUCCACCGAGCACGACGGCAAGGAGACGAGGACUUACGUCAAAUCGAACACCCUGCUUGGCGACAACGACCACGCGACGGGGGUUGUUCUCGCGGAAAUUGUCAAGGCCAACAUCCCCGUACGCAAUGGCGUCGUGCACCUCAUUCAACGACCCCUCAUGAUCGUAGACAGCACCGUCGUGGAUUUCCUAAAGUCCUUCAAGGAAAAGGAGGAUGGUCCUGUGUACAAGUUCUACAAGGCGGUCCUCGACCAUGCCGAAGACUUCAUGAACACCCUGACGAAGCUGCCCCAGGUGACUCUUUUCGCCCCCAACAACGCGGCCUGGGACGAGGCGAAAAUCAGUCACGUGCUCCAGGACAAGGAGAGGCUGAUGAACAUCCUGAAGCUUCACUAUGUCCAGGAGACCCUUCCCUUGGAGAAGAUCCUCAACAGGGGUGUUAAUCAAAAUCCUACCCUGGGAAGCAGCCUUUUCGAGGUGCCAACCGCUGCCGAGAAGAAGAGUCUGUACUUUAACGUGGUGCAAGGACCUACCGGGAACCAGACAUUAACCGUGGAGGGUGGAGGAGUAAACGCGACGGUCGUCACCCCCAACAUCGCGGCGACGAAUGGAGUCAUCCACAUCAUCGACAGGGUCUUUGGAGUGCCCUACAUCACCGUCCUGGACAAGCUCAGGACAGACCCUUCCCUGAACUCCACGUACUACCUGGGCACGCUAGAGGGAUUCAACGCCCAGCUGAACGACACGACGAAGCGGUUCACCUAUUUCGCUCCCAGGAACUACGCGUGGGAAGCGGCCAAGAUCAGCUACCCAUCGACCUACAAGAAAAUAUUCAUGCCCGAGUACAGAUACCAGUCGAAGCAGAUCCUGGAGCGUCACCUUGUCGUAGCCGACCAGGCGUACAAGAUGUCGCAGCUGAAGGCGAUGAGCCACAACGGAUCCGUAGCCCUGACGUCCGUCAGGGACAACCUGAAGCUGCGAGUCAGAGAACUGGACGACAGUUAUUACGUGGAGUGGCGAGAAAUCAGGAUCCGAGUUUCCCGGUCCGACGUGGAGUGCACCAACGGCAUAAUCCACGUAAUCGACACCGUCUUCAUGACGGAUAGCGACGUCCGAGUUCCAGGUGGCGCGACCGUCGCGACGCUAGCGCCGCACCUCCUCAUGAUUCUAAUAGCCAAAUGGCUCUUGUAAACUAACCAGGGAAUUUAGGUUAUAUCUAGGAUAUCUUGAGGCUGUCCGAUCGACGUCGCGGCGACACAGGGCGAGGAUGUUUGUCCGAAAUGCUUCGCUUUCGCAUCCACAAGCAACGAGGGACCCGAUGGCCCUUUGCAGAGGAUGCUCGGAACUAAAUCGACGAGGCUAUCGCCCUCUGCGGAGAGACGGAGAACUAUUCGACCUGGAAACCGACCUUCGCACGCGAAGGACCUUCGAACCAGAUCAAAGGAACUCACGAUGCAGGAUUUCGCCACCCAGGGAACGGCACCGACUGAUCAAAACGCCGACUGAGCAAAAAGCGGCAGAAUCGAAGACGUGGGAUAGAGGUUCCUCCCUGGGAAACGAUUUUUUUCAUUUUCUACCGAGGUGUUCCUACGCAAAGAUGGACUCGCCGGACUACGUGUGGUUUUUCGGGCUUCGCCUGGAAACACGUUCCCCGUUUCGUCGAUCUCCACACAUCCUAUCUCUUAUGCUCGCCAGCGAAUGCCGUGAAAAAUCUGCUAGAUGGAAUAUAUAGGAAGAAAAUGGUAGAGGAUAAUCGAACGACCGAAGAUUCAAGGAAUGCGCGACAAGCUGGCGGGCAUUUUCCGAGUGGAAGGAUCCAUGGAGAUGCAAGGAAGGGAAUUCGCGUGCGGAUAAGGACGAAACGAGAUGCGGACACGCUCGUACGAUCGCUCGGCCUCAAGCGAGGAUAGCCUAUUAUUUAUUGAUGAUUUUACGGGUUAGACGUUAAUCGUACCAAAUAAUAAGUAACCGGAGGACGACCGAACGAAUCUGUGGGAACUCUCGACGGUGCGAGGGGCAAUGGCGGACACUCUCUACGGAGUACUACUUAAGUUCUCGAGGGGGAAGCGAAGGAGUAUGGAAAUGUAAUAAGGAUCGAGGAGAGCGUCUCCGAAUUCGAUCGUGCUAAGUGGCGACACACAUCAUUGCGUGCGACAUUUUUACAACCAUGAUGUAUCGCGGUUUUAAUUUCUGCGCGCCUUCUUCGGCCUCGUCGCGGAAAUCUGACUUCAACGCGCAUCCAUGGAAGAAGGGAAAAUCAGGAAAUUGUUCGAAACUAGUCCGAGAUAGGUCGAAUUAGGCGCGUUUCUUUCGUUCGACGUACCGUCUACUUACUACUGAGAAUACUGCCAGACUAUAUCGUUCUCGCGUCACGCGAAAGAAACUUUGUACAAUUAGGUGAAGGCGAAACUCUUGGCGGCUCUAGCCCUUCGGACAGUCCUCGGACUUGCCGACGAUUUAACUCGUUUAACUCUGGGCUAUCUUUACGGUCAUCUUUGGAUCAUCCGCAUGCAUGGUUACUCCGAAUAAACCAACUCGUUAGAAUCCUGUUGUCCAUUCAGGUGCGUCAUCUGGUUGACACAAAAACAUGGAGGCUGUAUAAGAAAUCGAAAAUGAAAUUUAAUUCUCAUUAUAUAGGAACUUACAAUUAAUCACGUUAUUAUAACGUAUUGCAUUACAUUUUUAUAACAAGGGUAAUAGCUUGACGAUGCAAAUGUCUAUAACUUUGUUCUUCGAACAACCUAUAUAUAACGGUAAAACAAUUGGACUUUUCAAAAUUGUUAAUGACGUCUUAUUAUUACUCGCUCCAGAUAUAAAUGUUAGACAACAAUGACGUUAACCCUACUGCUAUAAUGAAGAGAACAGACGGAUUCAUUCCACUCAAUUUACUUUCCUAAUGAUAACGUUGUUAUAUAGCCUCCGUUUUUGCAUUGGGUAGAUACUUGUUCAGCAUUGUUGCGAAACGCAGGUUUUGGAUAAGUCUGACAAGGAAAGAUGUCAAACUUAAGUUGAAAAGGAUAUCGAGUUUUUGAUGUUAGGAAGAGCGUAUCCAGAUAAGCAUCGCGAUAUACAGUUUUUCUGCAGAAAAUCAUUUUUAAGAGGUGAAACAUACCCCUAGAAAUUAAGAGAAAAAUAAUGCGUUGCUUAUUUAGGUAUAAUCUACCUAUUGUCAAAGUUUCAAUGUCUUUUUUAAUGGAGUUUAUAAGUUUUUCCUCGUAAGGCUGAUUCGGAGAGGUUUAGGAUAUAGAAGGUAGGACGGGGUCGGAAAUAAAGCAUCCGGAUAUAAUGUAGGAAAGCUCGACCAAGGAUAAUUUUAAAUGAAUAAUGUGACACGCGCCUGCAAGGAUCUUCUCGAGGCGUGAUAGAAUUAACGUUAAGUGCGCUUUUGUGGCGCUCUCGGCGGCGAUUCUCAAAGAGGACGUCGCCGAGGUGUUGAAUGGUCAUUUAAAUGAGAUAUUAAUAAAGAUACGCCGAAAUUGGAGGGUCGAAAAAUCGGAGAUUCGGGAUGCGAGCUUUGGUUGGAGCGACGAAAGGAAGUGGGAAGGGAAACAAUCGAUCUACAGUGCGUUCACACACGUAGCCGUCAUUUUCACGAAAGCUAAUAAUCAAUAUUACAUGUUGAUAUCAGUCUAUACAUAUAAUAUGUGAUAUACAGAGAUAUAUUGAAGCGGAAGAAAGUACGAGUGGGGAACGCGACACGAUCGGAACCAGGGGAACAGGGAAACGAAAGAGGUGAAAGAGAGAGAGUACUAUCAAAUAAUUAACUUACUUGUUGUUGGGAUGAAUAAUUAUUAAUUAAUUAUAUACAUAAACUCUAAUUAACGCUGUUUGUUCGUUAGGUGAAUGAAAUAGUGAAACUCUAUCUCUCUGUAUAGAUGUGUCUUAAUGUUCAGCUUCUCACAAGUGAAAUCGUACUCGAUAUGUGAGGUAGCGAUGGGUACGAGCCAGACUCGAAAAAACAAGUUUCAGGAUGUCUGGCCCGACCUCGUCGCAAACCACUCUUAUUACAUAUACAUACUUGCAACUAUUGCGCGAAAGCUGCGUAACUCGUACCGAUAGUGUAAUCUAACUUUUUUUUUCUUCUUUUAAUUUAGAACUAACGAAACGUAUCUUACGAUUUGAGAUUCAAAAGUGGAUUUUUCAGUUCCAUUUUUUUACUCCAGCUGUGUUCGCUAUAAAAUUCCUCUUUUUAACUUCGCUACUUGGAGCGCAAGUUUACAAUUCGGCUACAUUUAAGAAGGUUAAUAAUUUCUGUUUUUAAUCUUCUUAAUAUGCAUUUCUUUGGCAUAUUAUAAAUCAAUCUUAUUAAUGCAAACAAAUCUCCGCUCGUUGUGAAGUAUGGAUUUUUUUUUUUUCAGAGUAGCGAUAGCUGCCAAUUACGAGUCAGUCAGCUUUGAUAAUGUUGCUUUUCGUCGGCAUUGUCGGAAGUUCAUCGAAAUAAUUGCACGAUUGAGUAAAAGCUACGCAGCUUUGCCAAAGUACUUGCGAAAAUGGUGUGCAAAUUCGAGCUCACCCGGGGCUGGGCUUAAAUGAAAAAAUACUCGACCCACUCGCAGUUUCACUAGCGCACUCGUACAAUUGCACUUGCAAUUACUAAUUUUCGCGACAACCCUCGCCCCCAACUCGCCCCUUUGCUGUACACCUCUGCCCAGCCAUGUACGUAACAGUGCCGCCGAAUUUUUCCCGGUGUUUUUCCAGAGAGUUAGGCUUUGCAUGUGCCGGUAGGUCGAUUUUCUAAAACUCUCGCGAGUUAAAAGGAGAGAAAAGAAAAUAAACGAAAAUAAUUUUAGCACCCGACCGUCCCAACAUUCUAUGAGUGCGUCUGAAGAAAGGAAAGAAGAAAAAAACGAAUAAGAAUAAAAUCCACCGCGUACGAGCGUAUGCGCUUUUGCCGCUACUUUCCGAGACUUUUAUAGGAAAAACAGAAGGAAACGAAAAAAAAAAACUGGGAACGGCGCGCCGAGAUCGAUCGUGAAUUUGUCAGCGAUUUGUUCUGGACGAGCAAUUUUCUCCUCCUUUCAUCGUCCUCGGUUUUGUACGCUCGCCCCGCGCAAUUGUCAUUAUUUGUACAUUUUGUAGAUACAAACCGUACCGCUUGCGACGGGCAGAAGUAUGAUAAAUAAAGUAAUUAAAUGCUAGGUGAUUAUAAACGGUACUCGACGUCUGGUGGAGGCUAAUCAAGUCAAAAUCGAUCGAAUUAUCGACGUUUCUACGGCGCUUAUCGUUGCGAUUGACCGGCACGCCAUGUCGACCCUUUCCGUUUAAUUAAUUCGACCGUCUCCGAAAAGCAGCAGCUGGUCCAGGAAAUUAGCAAACGCGUUAGAAAGUAUGCAUCCACCGUUCGAUCGACCGCUAAGCCAAGCAAAUAAAUGAUAUACCAAAAAAAAAAAGAAAGAAGAAUGGAUUAAUAAUAAAGAAAUCGCAGUCGCGCUCUUGGGUACACGAAAGGACGUCAUACGGAUUACUACGAUAUGUCGCUAACGUCUAGGGUUUUAUUACUGCAGUAUUCGAGUGAUUUAUUUGUAAUGCGUGUAAUAACAAUUAAUUCUUAGGCUACGAAGCUAUUUAACGAUAAAACCACCGCACAAUCGAGGGCAGGGUUCCUUAAGACUCGCCAUGAUUUUAUUACGUAGAACGACAAUGAGGAACGAUGCUCUCGAUUGUAUGUAACAUGUCUUUGCUAAAGUUGGUCAAAAUUCAGUUGAAUUACGGCAAAUCAUUCUUAUCGAGCGAUAGCGCUGAUUUUUUUAAGCGAUUUUGGGGGGCGAAGUCGGCGCUGCUGCUCGGUCGGAUUUUCACGGAGUAUUUUUUUUUUCCUCUUUUUCGGAGGUUUUUCUUAAGCAUGAUUUCCGCGACGAACGGAAUACUGCGAUUACGUUAUCUUUGAAAUCCGAGCUAGGUGUGAAUGAAAAUGAUAUUGACUUUAUUAACGUUAAUUCAAGUUACUACGGAGCAGUUAACUGGUAAGGAUCAUUCGCGGACACUCGAUGGAAAUGAUAAACAUUGAAUAUCCUGCGAGGAUUCGUUCGGCCAUUUUUUGCCCGACGACGGGAUUUAAUUUCUAAUCCUCUUUCCAUUUCUCGCAAUUGUCCGGUCAUUUCCAAACGAGUGUUCGACAUUUCUCAUAACGCCGAGGGUGUUCAUACAGGCGGCGAGGUGCAUCAUUUUCUGUUUGAAUCCAUUGAACAUCGCUUAGAGAUAUUGUAAGUGAAAUUUAAAAGAAAAGGUAAACUGUGUAGAUAAGCCCGGUAAACUCCACUGCUAAAACCAUCAAGUAAAUCACUAUCGUGUAAGGUUAAUGAUAAAUAUUCGACGUAAUUCGUUUUUAAAUUCCGGACGAAGGUAACGACUAAGCGAUUUGAUAUUUUAAGAGUUGGAUACACACUGAAUUCAUUGACAUUUAUUAGCGGAGUAUUAAGGAUUAUUUAUUAGCAGAAUAUACAUAAAUAUAUAUAUAAAUGAAUAUAUAUAUAUAUGAAUGAAUAUAUAUAUGAUUAUACAUACUGUAGUAGGGAUAUCAAAUUUACGUACCACAGAGCUAUUUGUAUAAAAGGCAUUUAUUUCGGAUUGUGACACCGACGCUGUCCUAUAUUUAAUUCCGGUUGCAGCCGAUAACGUUAGGUACAUAUAUUUUAGAUAAUUAACCAUCAAAGUUCUAGUUUCGAUUAGAGAUUAGCCGCAUAGAGUCGUACCUUUAAGGUUUAGUUUAGAUUACGUUUGCACGAAUGCUUUCACGAGGAGACUUCCGUCAGUUUCGAGCGCUCCAUUCAUUAACGCUUUUGCGCGUUCAGAUCCAUGUCCGAUUGUCAAGCGAAAUAAUUUCCCGGUUUCCAAGGCGAGUGCUCGCGAAUCGGUUGGUUACCAAAAUUCAUGUUAACGCCAACGUUACGGGGACAGAGAGCAAAACUUCCAGUUAAUAGUGAUUUCGCCGCGGAGCGUUGCUGCGAAAUGGUCGACAUGUUCCUCUCGCUUUUCCACGCCCUUGUAAACUUCGAUGCUUUCUCUGUAUGAUUUUACGAAGAAUAAAGAACACCUACGACGAAUUC